GGUGUUUCAAGGGUGCCCGGCGCUUGGCGGAUGCCUCACUUCAAACUUCCGCAGCAGACGCCAAACCACAGCCGAUGCUGCAAGCAGAACCCUGCAGCCAUCUGCAGCCAUGGCCGAGGGCAAGAGCGGGGCCGGGCUGUUCGCCAAGCAUGUCCAGAAGCACUUCAGCCGGGCACAGGAGAAGGUUCUGCAGAAGUUGGGCAAAACCGUGGAAACCAAGGAUGAGCAGUUUGAGCAGAGCGCAUACAACUUCCAGCUGCAGCAGGAGCGCAUCGCCAAGCGCGGCCGCAAACUGGUGGACUACGACAGUGCCCGGCACCACCUGGAAGCGCUGCAGAACGCCAAGAAGAAGGACGAGGCCAAGAUUGCCAAGGCUGAGGAGGAGUUCAACAGAGCGCAGGCGGUGUUCGAGGAGCUGAACCGGGAGCUGCGGGAGGAGCUGCCCGUGCUGUACGGGAGCCGCAUCGCGUGCUACGUCACCAUCUUCCAGAACAUCUCCAACCUGCGCGACAUCUUCUACAAGGAGAUGAGCAAGCUCAACCGCGACCUCUACGAGGUGAUGGGGAAACUGGACAAGCAGCACUCCAGCAAAGUCUUCAUCAUCAAAGGUGUCCCCAGCAACCGCCGCUCACUGCUCAUCUCGGCCCCCGUCAGCCCCCCAGCUGUGUACCCGUGCCCGGAGAAGGCACCCAACUGGGAUCCCUCAUCAGGAGUGGAGCAGACACCGACGACCACCGGGACGGGCAGUGAUGCCACCGAGGAUGUCCCCAAUGGCCCCGCGGCACCGGGUCCCACUGAGUCGGGUGCCUCCAUGCCCGGACCCCCUCCAGCCUCACCCGCAAGUGCGGGGUCCACAUCAGAGACGGCGUCAGAAUGCAGCGAGGAGAGCCGUGAGAUCGACCUCAGCCCCAAAGAGAUGGAGGUGUCCGCUGGCAGCGGGUGCCAGGAGCACCCCAAAACAGAGGGGGGUGCUGAGGGAGGAGCAGAGGGCAUCGCUGCAUCCAUGGCAUCCAUGAUCCUCUCCGAGGCCAUCGCUGAGGCCACCGGUGCUGCUCCAGAGAGGGGCCCGGGGGACAGCGAUGGUGCCAGUGGUGGGGACAGCAACGACAGUGACACCGGCCCCGUGGAGGGGGCACAGGGGUGUCCGCCCCCUGAGGGAUCGGAGGACAGCGUGGAGGGGACAGAUGUGUCCCCGGAGGUGGGGACGGAUGCAGCGACCCACGAGCAUGGCACACCUGAACCUCCAGAGCAGGACGCAAGCUGUGACCCCACCUCGGACCCCAGUGAAUCCCUCACCCCACUGUGACCCCCAUGCUGUGACCCCCACACCCUGAGUAGUGUGGGCCCUGAGGGGAGAGCGGGCUUUAUGGGGCCGCCUGCAGAUCACUGUGCGUAACUGUAGUGUGCUUCACAACCCACAGCGCUGAAAUAAAGGCAGAGGGCAGCGCCGGCGCCUGGAAAUGCA